AUGACAGCUAACAAUCCCAGGGCUGGCUGGGAGAAAGUUGGCGAUCAAUUCUACCGAAAAGUACCCUUGUACGAGUCAAUCUUUGAUCAGGAUCUCGAACUUGAGAACUACCUAGUAGCAGGGGCACCAUAUGGUGGCGCGCUAGCACUGUGGCGAGACACGACCAAGAUUGCACGGUAUCGAACCGGGCAGUCAACUAAGCCAACCAUCGACAUUUAUUCCUCGUCAGGCAAGCUCAUCAGCACCAUCAACUGGGAGAAAGGCGUAAUCAGAGGUCUGGGCUGGUCGGACGAUGAGAAGCUCUUGGUCGUGACCGAAGACGGCACUGUCCACUGCUACUUCGAGCUCCAUGGCGAUUUUCAACCUUUCUCGCUUGGACACGGUGCAGAGGAAUUCGGUGUUGUGUCUUGCCGGUUUUGGUCGCACGGGUUCGUCGCUCUACUUUCCAACAACUCAUUGAUAGCUGUUUCCUCCUUUGAAGAACCCAGACCAAGGCUGCUUGCUCAAGCACCAGAAGGAGAAGUCCAUUCCUGGUCCCUCAUUCCACCGGUAUAUACACUUUCUAGGUCUGUCGAGGUGCUACUCGCAAUAGAUAAGACAAUCUAUGUGGUGGAUGUCACCGAAGCCGAAGAUCGAGGACUCUCAGAUGGCCCGUUCAAGCACGUCAGCGUCUCUCCCAAUGGGCGAUUUGCAGCAUUGUUCACCGAGGACGGCAAAGUGUGGGUCGUCGGCAGUGACUUCCAAAACAAAUACAGCGAAUACGACUCGAAAGCGAAAACUACUCCAAGGCAGAUUUACUGGUGUGGAAACGAUUCAGUCAUCCUAGCUUGGGAAGACGAAAUCCACAUGGUUGGGCCUAAUGGUGCUGCCGUCAAGUACUACUACGACGACCAGGUCCAUGUCGUUCCCGAUAUUGACGGUGUCCGGCUGAUUACAAACGAAGUGUGUGAAUUCUUGCACAAGGUUCCCGAUCCACUGGAAGAAGUGUUCAAGCUUGGUUCAACGUCAGCGGCCUCGGUGCUUCUUGAUUCGAUCGAGCUCUUGGAGAAGAAGUCGCCCAAGGCAGAUGAGAAUAUACAGCGGAUCAAACCCAGUCUACCAGACGCAGUAGAAACGUGCAUUCGGGCCGCUGGGAAUGAAUUCAACCAGACUCUCCAGAAACAGCUGCUACGCGCCGCUUCGUUCGGCAAAUCGGUAUUGGAACUGUACAGCAGUGACGAGUUCGUCGACAUGUGCGAAGACUUGAGAGUGUUGAAUGCUGUCCGGGACUACCGCAUCGGCCUAUACAUGUCAUAUGAACAGUACGUCAGACUGACACCGGAACGACUCAUAGCACGUCUCGUCAAUAGACGAGAAUACCUCCUUGCGAUCAAGCUGUCGGAGUUCUUGCAUCUUCCACCCAGCAAGAUCUAUGUUCACUGGGCUAGCCAGAAAGUUCGAGGAUCACCUGCAGAUGACGAUGCUGUUCGAGAGAUUGUGGUGGAGCGGUUGCGCGGCAAACAUGGCAUCUCCUUUGAAGCUAUUGCGCGAGCAGCCUAUGACGAAGGACGAGGCCACCUUGCAACGACCUUGCUAAAUCAUGAACCUAGAGCGGGAAAACAAGUGCCUCUCCUGCUCAACAUGGAGGAGGACGAAAUCGCACUCAACAAGGCAAUCGAGUCUGGGGACACCGACUUGGUUUUCUUCGUGUUGUUGGAGUUGAAAAAGAAACUGCCACUGGCGACUUUCCUCCGCACCAUCAGCGACAAACCUGUGGCAUCGGCACUGGUGGAGAGUUCAUUCAGAGUGUCAGACAGAGAACUGCUGAAGGAUUUGUACUAUCAAGACGAUCGGCCCAUCGAGGGAUCGAACUUGUUGCUAGGAGAAGCCAUGCAACAGACGCAGGUUCAGGCAGUGGUCGACAAGCUCAAGCUCGCUGGCAGAUUGCUCACUGACGCAAAAGAUUCCACCGGUCAAUUCCACACCAAAGCGCUCACGGAGGCCGCGCAGCUUCUCAAAAUGCAAGAGGCUUUUGAUAAGGACAUCACUGACGGCAGCGGAAGCUAUGUGGGCUUGAGCGUCAACGAGACCAUGUUCCGCCUGAUCCAAUCUGGGUACAGCAAACGAGCUGCCAAGGUCCAGGGUGAUUUUCGGGUUCCUGAGAAGACAUGGUGGUGGAUUCGGCUUCGGGCUUUGACCGCAGCCCGUCUGUGGGGUGAGGUUGAGGAAAUUGCUAAGAGCAAGAAGUCACCGAUCGGAUGGGAGCCCUUCUACAACGAAGUCCUGGGAGCGGGCAACACUCGCCUUGCCUCGUCGUUCAUUCCCAAAUGUACCAACCUCCAGCCUUCUGAGAGGAUCGAGAUGUGGGUCAAGUGCGGCAUGAUCGUGAAAGCUGGUGAGGAGGCUUUGAAGGCCAAGGAUGUGAAUUCGCUGGAGUUGCUCCGGGACAAGGCCAACGGGCAGCAGUUGGUCGAGAUUGAGAGGAUGAUCACGCAUUUGCGGCCGAAGAAAUAA